AUGGCUGACCAUGAAGUUAUACUCGGACAGAAUCAGAAUGAAGGGCUUAGGGAGAAUCAACAACUGGUUUUAGGUCAAGGAGAUGAACAUCAUCACCUGGAUCUGGGACAGUCUCAAGAUCAUGAUGAACUGGGUUUAAGUCAUCACCGUGAUCAUGAAUUGGGAUUGGAACAGACCAAUGACCAUGAUGAAGCAGAUUCUGUUCACAGGUAUGGGCUUGAAAAUGAGUUAGGAGGCAUUGACCGGAAGCCCGAGCCAGUUGGGCAUGAGCUAGCACUUCCUGUUCAAGGUCAUGAACUGGUUGUGUCAGAAAACAACAACGAAUCCCCUGUUUCUGAUGAUGACCAAGAACUUGUUGCCCACUUGGAACUUGCUGUGCAAGAAGGCGACGAGGAAAUAGGGAUGGAAGAACAUAGUGAUGAUUUGUCAAUGGACCAGUCCCUUGUUCUCCAUACACCUGUUAUUCAAGCCCGCACAGUUCUUGCAGGCCCUGGUUACGAGUUAAAAGUGGGGCAAGAGUUCCUAGAUGUGAUCAGCUGCCGCAGGGCACUGAGGGACACAGCAAUUGCCCUUCAUUUCGAAAUCCAAACCAUCAAAUCAGAUAAAAGCCGAUUCACAGCUAAGUGUGCAACUGACGGAUGCCCCUGGCGGAUACACGCUGCAAAACUCCCUGGUGUCCCUACUUCACCAUCAUAA